GCAAUAGUAAUGCCUACCUUUUGUGGUUUCUGGGAGGUUUUAGUGAGUUACUGGAUGCACAGUAACAAAGCCUGGCACACAGUAACUUCUUGAAAUGUUAGCUAGUUUUAGCAUCUACCCCUGGAGCCCAGGUGGCACAGUGGUUAAGUGCUCAGCUGCUAACCGAAAGGUCAGCGGUUCAAACCCACCAGCCGGUCAGCAGGAGAAAGAUGUGGCAGUCUGCUUCUAUAAAGAUUACAGCCUCAGAAACCCUAUGGGGCAGUUUUGCUCUCUCCUGUAGGGUCGCUAUGAGUCAGAAUUGCCUGGCGGCACCGGGUUUCGUUUUCUUACUUCUCUGUCUUGGUCAGUGCUCUUGCUGCUAUGGGAAAGAGGUCACACUGAGUUUUUCUGAUUCAGAGUCUAGGCUCUGCUCCUCAUCAACUGUGGGACUUUAACAAGACUCUCCCACUGGGGCUCUAGAUUCUUUAUCUGCACAGUCUGGAGAUUGGGAAUGUGGUGUUUGGGUCCUUUAGUCCUCUCACAACCUAUAUUGCCUUCACCUAGGUUUGCUUCCUGCCCUAACCUCCCACUUCCGGGACCAUCUAAAAGUAGACGAUCCGCAGCUGCUUUAAGCUCUUCUUCAGCCCCUUCACUGAAUGGGGUUAGGAUGAGUGGCAUAAUGUAGUGAAAGUAUCCUUAGAUGGAAGUCAGGAGACCCCAAUUCUAAUUCUGGUUCUUCUGUGAGACCCCGGAUGAGUCAUUUCAAGUCAUUGAUUCCAGCUCUGCCAUUUUUAAAAUUGGAAAAUGGCCCCUCUGUUUUGUACCUCUCUCAGAAUGGCCACAGAAGACAAUGUAUUGGACAGUCCUCUGUUGGCUGUCAAGAGUUACAGAAAGGUGUGGACUUCUGAUUGUUUCCAGUGGUAUCAGUCUCCUCCAGGCAUGGAGGAGAAGGACUGUGGAAACAGCACUGGACAACUGCUUGAGACAGAAGCAAAUUAGCGUUGGUGUUAUGUGAGGUUAUGCUGUUUGUGGAGAUCUGAGAUGAGUUUAAGUUUCUUUUCCGGCUUGAUCUCUGCUCUCUCUAAUAGACAUUUGGCCCAUGGGUGUCUCAGGCAGUAAACCACCAACAGUCACUUCAAAAAGCUUGGACUCUUCUCAAAGAUAGAUUUACUUUUGUUGUUAUAUGUUCGUUUGGAUGGUGGGGGAAAAAUUUACAGAAUCAGGACAGAUCUCUGCAAGGCCAUUAGCUGUGGGACCUUGAGUGGGCCACUCCCCUUUUAGGCUUUCAUGAUCUUAUCUAUAGAAUGGGGGGAGGAGUGUGAGGUUUGGAUUAAGAUCCAUGUUAGCCAAAUGCUAAUCCAUGGACCAGAACCAGGCUAAGCAACUUCAAAACUCUACCAGAUGCUUUUUAACAAUACAAGAUUCCUGGCCCCUACUCUGGGUUGGGACUAUACUUUUUGUUAGCUUUCCCAGAUGCACAGCCAGCUUAGGGGAACCACUGGAGUGGGUGGGACUGCUGUCUGAGGGUUUAUAUUCAGGUGGCCCUGCCCCGGUCUUGGUGCCCAUCAGGGGGUUGUAAAAUAUUGUUACGAUAUUCUACUUGAGCAGAUUGUUCAAUUUAUCAGGUGACUGGCAAUCUUAAUGAUGUCCAUUUGGAAUUGGGGAACUUUUAAAAGCAUCUCUAAGUAGGUAAAAUUGACAAAAUGGAUAGGAAAAGAUUCUGGAAGUACCUUAGCAUCAUGGUCUGGAGGAUACUCAGCUUUCUACUGGACUGUUCUUCUUUGUUUUAUGGUAGAAGACAGUAGGAGUCUUGCUGUGCCCAGUCCAGGGAACAUUAUCCCAAUCAUGCAAACUGAAAAAUGUCUUAUAAUUUUGACAGCAUUUAAGAAAGAAAGCAGUGGGGAUGGGUUAGCUCUUCCUGGUAACCUGAUCACUUCAACAACUUCUCUUUUAUUUCCAGAUCCUCUUGUAACACGCUUGGCCUGUCAUCCACAGCUAAGAGCAGGUUAUCACUCAUUAAGGACAGGGAAGCUACAGAACCCCAGGGGCCACAGUCCUGAUUUGGGAAGCCAGGCUUGCCUUGGCCCGACGGCUGCUCCCCUGGUUUGUCCCGUCAGCCUGGAUUGGUGAACCUCAAUCAACAAGAGAUAGUUCCAGGUUUGCUGGGAUGGGGAACCUGCUCAAAGUCCUUACCAGGGAAAUUGAAAACUAUCCACAUUUUUUCCUGGAUUUUGAAAAUGCCCAGCCCACAGAAGGAGAGAGAGAAAUAUGGAACCAGAUCAGCGCGGUCCUCCAGGAUUCCGAGAGCAUCCUCGCAGACCUGCAGGCUUACAAGGGAGCGGGGCCAGAGAUCCGAGAUGCAAUUCAAAACCCCAAUGACAUUCAGCUUCAAGAAAAAGCCUGGAAUGCAGUGUGUCCUCUGGUUGUGAGACUAAAGAGAUUUUAUGAGUUUUCCAUAAGGCUAGAAAAAGCUCUUCAGAGUUUAUUGGAAUCACUAACCUGUCCACCCUACACGCCAACCCAACACCUGGAGCGGGAGCAGGCCCUGGCAAAGGAGUUUGCGGAAAUUUUACAUUUUACCCUUCGAUUCGAUGAGCUGAAGAUGAGGAACCCAGCUAUUCAGAACGACUUCAGCUACUACAGAAGAACAAUAAGUCGCAACAGGAUCAACAACAUGCACCUAGACAUUGAGAAUGAAGUCAAUAAUGAAAUGGCCAAUCGAAUGUCCCUCUUUUAUGCAGAAGCUACACCAAUGCUGAAAACCCUUAGCAAUGCCACAAUGCAUUUUGUCUCUGAAAACAAAACCCUGCCAAUAGAGAAUACCACAGACUGCCUCAGUACAAUGACAAGUGUCUGCAAAGUCAUGCUGGAAACUCCGGAAUACAGGAGUAGGUUUACCAGUGAGGAAACACUGAUGUUCUGCAUGAGGGUGAUGGUGGGCGUCAUUAUCCUCUAUGACCACGUCCACCCUGUAGGAGCUUUCUGCAAGACGUCCAAGAUUGAUAUGAAAGGCUGCAUAAAGGUUUUGAAGGAACAGGCCCCGGACAGUGUGGAGGGUCUGCUGAACGCCCUCAGGUUCACUACAAAGCACUUGAAUGAUGAAUCAACUUCCAAACAGAUUCGUGCAAUGCUUCAGUAGAGCGCUGCUCGGAGAAGAGGAUCUAUGUACUGACCUCAGAAGAUGUAUAUGUUUACAUAAUUUAAUACAGAUUGAUGUUAAUACUUGUGUAUUUACAUAACCAUUUCCUUCUUGACACUGAAAUAUAUGGACCUUAAUUUGUAUCCUAACUGACUCAACCCAGCACAACAUAAAUUGACUUGAGAGCCUUACCUUUGAUGUUUGAAACGAAACCCCCUGCUCCAAAGGCAAAUUUUGGAGACUUUAAUCUUUGCUACUAGAGUCCUUUAACCAAACCUGUAACAAUCAGAAAUCCCUAAUAGUUUGUGAUAGUGUUUUAAUUCUAGAUGUGUUAUCUCUCUGGAAAGUAUAGUUAUAGAAACAUGAAGUAUUCAAUUUUCUCUCUUGGCUCAGCUAUGAGAAACACAACUGUUAUUCUGAGAGAGGGAGAGGAAUCCAAGAAAAGAAAAAUGCGUGCGUGGAGAAUCAAGCCCAAGUGUUUUGAAUUCAGCGCGCCCCUCUCUCUUUCCUCAAACUGCAAAGCACACGUGCAAGUUUUCUGUUGGCACGUGUUUUACUCAUCAGCGUAUUCUCUUUCUGUCUAGAUUUAUACCCCUCUAACAUUCACUUUUAAUUUUGCAAGAGGAAAAUGAACCUGUAUUUUAAUGUUAGUGAGAAAGAAGUGGAAUAAGUAGGUGUGCUGCUGUAGCUGGGCUGGUUGAUGAAGGUGGUUGUCUUCGAAGUGGGAGGCGGGUGGGGAGGAGGGGCACCCAGACAACAGGACCGUCAUCGCUCUGCUUCAACCCCCUGCUUUCGAGGACAAAGACAUGGAACACUGGCUUUGAAAUUAUGGAUAUGUUUUCUGACCUUCCAGUUCCCUGCUAAGUGUUGGGAGUGUCCCAAAAAAAACGAUUGUUGUCGAGUCGAUUCUGACUCAUGGCGACCCCAUGUGUGUCAGAGUAGAACUCUGUUCCAUAGGGUUUUCAGUGGCUGAUCUUUGAGAAGAAGAUCACCUGGACAGGGUGGACUCAAGCUUCCAACCUCUUGGUUAGCAGUCAAGCACAUUAACCUUUUGCACCACCAACGGACUCCCACCCUUCCUACUAGUUAGUCCUGUUCUCUGUGGUCCAUUUAUGCGGAGACAGAGGUCUAGGGCGCUUUGUUAGUAGCAGAGAACUGGAGGAAUUGGAAGGGGAAAAAAAGCAAAACUAUACUUUCUAGAUGCCUGAUAUUUAAAAGCCAGCUCCUCCCCCACCUCAUAGCCAGCCUGUUGUGGUAUAUAAAGCUCUGUAUGCCUUGUGAGUACCUGGAUUCUAGUCCUUGCCCUACUAGGGAGUUACAGUGUGAUCUUGGGAAAUUUGCUCCAGCUCUCUGCAUCUCGUUUUCCUCAUCUAUAAAAUGGGUGACAAUCUCCAAGAGCCUUUUUAAGGCCACAAGCCAAUAAAAUGACUGACUCCACCUUCCUUCUUUAGUAAGCAGAGCCUAGUAAGCAUUACCCCACCUUAUCUUGAUGAUUAACAACAUUGGAAGGCCUUGAGUCAUUCUUCUUCUGUAGAUCAAAGGGCAUAGAAUGAAAUCCUGGAAAACUUCUACUCUGACCUCCAUUGGAAAAAUGAGACACAGAGAAUCCAAUUACACAGGAUCACCUCCAUGUAGGACCAGAACCCAGGAUACUUCAGUCCUGACUCCGUGCUCUUUCUUUUCCACCAUGUGGCCUAUGGAUACAUAAUACAGGAUGGGGCUGGACCUUCUUAAAUAAACCCUUAGCCUCGCCUGUAUUAUUACUUGUCUAUUUCUGAUAGAAGAAAGAGUAGCCUAGACAGUGAAUGAAAGUCCCGAAGUUGGGUCUGGGUACAUCAGGGUUUAGCAUCAUUACCCACAUCCCAAGGAAUGAGUUGUCAGACACCAUUGCUUUGUGGACUUUAGUGGCCUGCAGGCAUUCCCUGGAGUCUCCCAAGAAAAGGGGAGAAAUAUUUUUUGUUGCUUUGUUUUUGUUUUUUUUUUUUAAACAAAGAAAUGCAGUGAAGUGGCAGGACAGUACAUUUCUACUGAUACCCUGGUCUGUAUCUAAGUGCUAGUCAGCAAAGAGAAGACAGGCCCUUUUCCUUGGAGCUUUUCAAACUGACCAAGUACGACUGCUUAGGUGACAGUUAUCUCAUCAGAACAGAAAUACCCUAGAUGGCCUUUGGGAUAUUUUUGAACCUAGGGAUUCUGAAACCCUAGAGGAAGGUAGAAAAUGGGAUAACACCAGGUGAGCAAAUUCAGUAACUAUUCAGUUUAAGAAAUCUAUUUGGCAGCCACAUGUUGUACUUGGGCAAACAACUGUCAAGACUAGAAUUACAGAGACGUGUAAUGUUUACAGGCAUUGGGUACAUUUUCCUCCUUUACCAGGUGAAGAGAUUUAAGGCUUGGAGAGAAGGAAGGGCUUGCAAACCAUCACAGAGCUCAUGAGGCACAGACCUGGCACCUGAACCCAAGUCAUGUGUCUUUACCACAGCUGCCUCUCAACUGGUUAAAGGAGAAAAUGUUAGGGGUUAUACGUCAAUUUUUUUAAAAGAAAAGGAAAAAAAUAUAUAGCAGAGUAAAUAGUUGAGCACAUUUGUAAUUUUUCAUUAGAAUUUCUAUCAAAUGGGACCAACCAUAUGGGAGAGACUGCUGGCCUACCCCAGUUUAGCCAGGCCACCUUGUCUCAUAGCCAAGAAGCACCAACACAUGGAUUCUGAAAAGCCCAGGGCCUGAACUGUUGCCUUGAUUAUCACUAGGACAGGUUAACUGAAUGUCUGUGAUCACUGGCAGGUGAUGGACCUUUAGUCCACUCCAGAGCUACUGUGGGAGACAAAUUCUUUUAACAGACUGUCCACCAGGCAUUAGAAGUCCUGGAAAAUCCCAAUUAUUUGUGCUGCAUGUACAUGUGUCCGAGACCUGUGGGUGGUUUAGGGGAAAGUGCUAGAGACAGCAUCAAGGUCAUUGUUAACCAUAUUUCAUAUUUGAUGUCUCAUUGUUUUCAAAUAAACAGUGUUUUUCAUGGCUCAGAUAUUUAUUCUGGGCAAGCAACAAGGUGAAAAUUACAUUUUUCUGAUGCACUGCUGCUUUGAAAUUGUAACUUUGUUCUCAGAAACCUUACAUGUGCCAGUAGGAAUUGGAAAAAAUAAAAAAAAAAGUGGAAAUGAAUGUUUUUAAUUGCGCUAACCCAUUAGGGCUACAGUAUUUAACAA